AUGAAUGAAAAUGAAAAACAAACAGAUGUUUUAAAUGAUAUUAAUAAUCAAUUUAAAGAAUUAAUAGAAUUAAUUGAUAAAGAACAAGAUUCAUCGUUUUCAAUAGAAUAUUUCGAUCGAUUAAGAAAUAAAAAACAAAAUUCGAAGACGAAGAAAAAAAAAUGGUUUAUAAUCUGUUUGAUUUUAUUAUUAUCUAUUUCUAUUUAUUUUAUUCUAUUAAAUGAUGAAUUAAGUUAUAAUAUCUAUUUUACUUUAUUAUCAUUUAUUCGAUUAAUACUUAUUAGAAUUCUUCCAUUUUGGGAUUGGACAACGAUUUAUACAAGUCAAUGUUUUCUUAACAAUCCAUUUUAUAAUAAUUCAUUUGAAUUAACGGAAUGCAAUAAAUGUAUUAAUACAACGAAAAUAAUAACACAAUCAAAUAUAACAUUUUUUAAUUUUACAAAAAAUAUUUAUCUUAAUCAUUUACCUGUUAUCGUUGAUGAUGCUACAGAAUCCUGGCCAGCAAUAAAAGAAUUAACAGUCAAAAAAUUAUUUAGACUGUUUACUGAAGAUCCGGUGUUAUCUGAAUACGAUCUCUGUUCAUUUGAAACAAAUGUUCAUGGUUAUAAUGAACCUGGGGGUGCUGAUAAACUAUUUAAUAAUUAUCUUAGUGGAAAUCGUCGUCCAUUUAUGGCCCAAUGGAAUAAUUGUAAACGAGAAGCAUUGAGAAUAAUUCGAGAAUACUAUUCUAAACCUUAUUUUUUACCAUCAUCAGUUGGUCAAACAUUAACGGGAAAUUGGUUUUUUAUAUCUUCUGGUUUAAAUAAGGAAACAAAUCAUUUACAUAGAAUUCCAUUACACAAUGAUUGGAUAUGGUUAGCACAAAUUCAAGGUUCUAGUUUAAUUCAACUUCGACCAAAACAUCCAUGUGAAAAAACAUGUUCAACAUUAAAGUCUAUUAAAUUAAAUCAUGGAGAUUUACUUAUUUAUUCACAUUUAUAUAAUGGAUUUUAUAAUCCAUUGAAUAAAGAAACAAUUUUAUUAGCUCAAGGUGUUGAUUAA